AUGGGGAAUCCUUUAGGAUCCCAUUCUGGUGUACAUAAGAUGGGGUGUGUUUACUAUACUAUAGCUGGACUUCCCCCAGAAUAUCUCUCAUCGCUAGAUAACAUAUUUACAGCAUAUUUGUUCCAUUCAGAUGACAGAGGAAAUAAGUUUUCUAAUGACCAAAUAUUUUCAUCCCUUGUUAAAGAAAUAAUUGAUUUACAGGAAAAUGGCGUUACAAUUAAUAUAAGAUUCGAACGAUAUAACUGGUUAUUUUGCAUUAGCUGUUUUUCAGCAAACCACUAUUGUCGAAUUUGCCGGUUGUACAAAGAUGACACCAAAAAAAUGUGUCAUGAGUCUGAACUUUCUAUUAGAAAUGUACAAAAUUAUGAGUCAGACCUUGCUGUACACAAUGUUUCAUAUACUGGUAUAAAUGAACCAUGUAUUUUUAACAAAAUUCCAAAUUUUCACGUCACAGAAAAUAUUGUAUGUGAUUUCAUGCAUGACAUACCUGAAGGUGUAGCACGCUAUGAUAUGGCUUUGAUUAUUUCUGGACUUAUUGAACAAAAUUAUUUUUCUCUAGCUGAACUUAAUAAAAGAAUUCUCUUGUUUAACUAUGGUGUAACUGAAAAGAAAAAUACUCCUCCGUUGAUUCGAGACUCUGACAUCAAAAAAGGUUGCAUCAUCAUGUCUGCUUCAGAAACGUUAUGUUUAGCGAGAUAUUUUAGUUUAAUCGUUGGAGAAUUAGUCCCCUAUGAUUCAAUUUAUUGGAAAUUAUAUUUAACUUUACAUAAAAUUAUAGACUUAUGUUGUGCUACAAAAAUUCAACGUGAUAGUGACGUUCUGUUAAAUUCGUUGGUUUCUGAACACAAUAGACUGUUUUUAGUUUUAUCUAAAAGUAAUUUAAAGCCAAAGUACCACUUAAUGGCUCACUAUGGUAGAAUUCUAAAAAAAAAUGGGCCAAUUAUUCUAACUUCAAGUAUUCGGUUUGAAGCAAAACAUAAAGUUUUAAAGGCAAUAGCCAAUGCCAUCCCAUGUCGCAUAAAUCUUGGGUAUACUCUAGCUUAUAAAUUACAACUUCAAAUGGUUGCACGUUUCCUUUCUAAUUUGAGCCUUAAUGUACAAGAUCUUAAAUUAGGAUUGGGAAAAGAUGUACAUACAUAUGCUGAAUUUCCUCAUGAUUUAGUAGAUAAAUUACCUGAGGAAUUUAAAACAGAUUGUUUAUCAUUUGCUUGGUUAGAAUAUAAAGGAAUAUAUUACAGAAAACAUAUUCUUUUGGUUUUAGAAAAUAAUUUGGAUGGAUUAAUUUUUGGUGAGGUAGUUUUUAUAUUUGUAGGGAAAUCUCAAAUCCCUUUUUUUUUGUUUAAACCUGUCUAUACAGUAGGCUUCGAUAAUCAUUUUCAUGCAUUUGAAGUAGUUAUUGAUAAUUCGAAUUCAAUCAAUUACUCAAAAUUAACUGGAUGUUAUGUUAACGAAUUUUAUGAUAUUACUCCAACAGUUCCCCGUGUUUUAGGCAAUUCUAAAACAUAUGCCACAAUACGAUAUGCACUUUAA